AUGCAGCGCCGCGCCGAGAGCCAGUUCCGGCGGGAUUGGACCUUCGGCUUCACCCUGUGGAACUACCUCUUCAGGACCAUGGUCAACACGCAGCAAAACGCCUUCAUCUACUACGUCCCCGACGAGAAGAACGGACGCAGGCCCCUGACCAGCAAGGAGAUCACGGACGGCCAGAAGCAGAUCCAACAGCAGCUGAUCAAGGGCCAGUACCUGGACAUCAACAACCAAGUGAAGGCCAUCAAUGGAGAUCUGAGCAAGGUGCGCUUCGCCCCGGAUCUCUCGCCGGCAGCCCUCAAGGUCCUGGACAACACGGAGGCGCGCAGCCGGAACAUCCCCGGAACCCACGAGGUGCGCAAGACCAUGCGCCACCAGACCCACGCCAAUCGGAUUUGCCACGGCACCCCACUCUUCGUGACCUUCUCCCCGUCCGAGCGGGACAGCACGUUGAUGCUGCGCCUGGCCCGCCUCCGGCAAUCCGACCCAAGCCUCCAGCGACAGCCCGCCACCAGCCGAGCCGCGCAAGGCCGCAGCAAGCCCGAGCUGGACGUGGAGUUCUACAGUCUGAACCCAGAAGCACUCGCCGCGGAGUUGCCGCCCUACGACGAGCGCCGGGCCAUGCUGACCAAAGACCCCGUGGCCUGCGCCGACGGCUUCCGCGUCUUGGUGCAGCUCGCACUACGCCACCUCUUCGGCGUCCGCUACUGCCCCGACUGCCCCGACUGCGGCAACUCCCACAAGCCCUGCACGGACGCCUUCGGCAGCAACGCCAUGGCCUGCGGGGGCAUCUUCGGCCGCAUCGACGCCGCGUUCGGCUCCAUCGAAAGCCAGAAGUCCGGAGUACUGCACGUCCACUUCCAGCUCUUCGUCCAAUGCUUCCACCAGUUCAAGCCCCUCUCCGAGCUGCAGGCGCUGGGCCCGGAGCGCAAGCGGGAGCUCUUCCAGAAGUACUGCACCUACACGGCCCACGUCAGCCGCACCAUCUACAAGGACCCGCAAGA